AUGCAUGUCCCAGAAUUUCCUAAGUAUGUGAAUAUGGGUGAAGGCAAUGUUGCGGUGGAAGAUGGUGAGUUUAGUGUCGGAAUAAAACUUGGGUCUAGAGAGUUAGUGGUAUCUGUAAUCAAAGGUUACACUAUCUCUAGAGGAGUUGAUUACACUGUGUAUGAGUCUAAGCCACAAACAUUCUAUGUAAAAUGCAAAGGUUAUGGUGUAGGGUGCGAUUGGCUUAUUCUAGCUAGCUUGAUUCAAAAGAAAGAAGUUCAAUCCAGAUUUAACUACACUGUAAGUUACCACAAGGCUUGGUUGGCAAAGCAGAAAUCUGCCACAAAAGUUUUUGGUGAUUGGAAAGUUUCUUACCAGACUCUGCCAGUAUGGUUGAAAGCAAUGACUGCGAAGAUGCCAAUGUCUCGUGUUCAAAUAAAAACGCUCCCCGUUUAUCGUGAGAAUGAGGAGAUUCAUGGUGUAAGAGUUCUCUAUCGUAUUUUCUGGAGCUAUUAUCCAUGCAUUAUAGCAUUUAGACACUGCAAGCCAUUGGUGCAGAUUGAUGGUACACACCUGUACAGAAAUUAUAAAGGUGCACUUUUAGUUACGGUGGCACAAGAUAGAAACCAAAACAUUGUGCCUAUUGCAUUUGCGAUCAUCGAGAGUGAGACGGCAGACGCGUGGGAGGUUUUUCUAACUAAUUUGUGGGGAUAUGUUAUUACCAUUGAUGGUGUGAGCAUUAUUUCUGACCGCCAUAACUGCAUUGAUGCAGUAAUAGGUCACAAUAACGGUGCAUAG